ACUUCUUCAGGACAGUUCAGUCACAUCUUCAACGAUGAUCGAAAUGUGAUGGUUAAGAAAUGUCCGUUUUGCGGUACAUUUUGUGAACGUAGCGAAGGUUGUAAUCAUAUGACAUGUACUUGUGGUGAGGCAUUCUGCUACGUUUGCGGCGGAAAAUGGAAUCAAGAUAACCAUUAUGAAUGUGAUGUGGACGUCUCUGUGCGGGUCUAUAUGUUCGAUGUGAGUGAUGUGAAUAUUGGAUACAUCUCGAUGAAGACACUCGAUGAGUGCUUAGAGUAUCGUCGUUUGAAAAGUGCGACAAAUCUUUGGGCAUUGCAGAAAAAGCUUGUGACCAUUUUAGGCGAUAAUCCUGCUGAGGUUCGCCGUACGGUUUCGCUUUACUCUACGGUGAGUUAA